UAUGUGAUGGUGAAAAAAGGUCUACUCCAUUGGUACACCCUUUUGUGAGUAGCAGCCAUAGUAUUUAUAGGGAGUUUUCCCACUAAUCAGUCUCUUUCUCCCCCCCACAACAACAACUCAAGGUCCAAUAAGGGGGGAAGCAGACUGAAGUCUCUCUUCCCCACCUUCCCCUUUUUGCCUUGCCAUCAACAGCUGUUCACAAAUUGGUUUCUUAGAUGAAUUUGGAGAAUAGAAUACCCCAUGGGAGUUACUUCCAGUACUCUCCAACUCGAAUCCAUGGUCCACUUCAGAGGUCAUCUUCUCUUACAGAUCGUGAAAGAUAUUUGGCAGAGUUAUUGGGGGAGAGGCAAAAAUUGGGGCCAUUCAUGCAGAUACUUCCUAUAUGCAGUAGACUUCUAAACCAAGAAAUCAUGCGAGCAACAGCUUUGUUGUCAAAUCAGUUCGUGGAUCAGGAAAGGAUGGGACAAGAGAGUCCACAUAGGUCAGUCAGUCAACAUAUGAAUGGAGGUCAGAUAAAUAUGGGGGCAUGGAGUGCAAUGCAAACUGAGGAAAAUAGAUUUCUCCAGAAAAUGGCGCCAUUUCAACCUUCCCCUCUGGAUUGGCAUGUUGUGCCGGGAACUGCAACCACUCCUGUUGUGAAGAGAGUCAUAAGACUGGAUGUUCCUGUGGAGAAUUUCCCGAAUUAUAAUUUUGUCGGUCGAAUUUUGGGACCACGUGGGAAUUCCCUAAAGAGAGUUGAAGCCAUUACAGAGUGUAGAGUCUACAUCAGAGGACAGGGCUCAGUCAAGGACUCUAUCAAGGAAGAGAAAUUGAAAGAUAAACCUGGGUAUGAGCACCUCAAAGAGCCACUACAUCUCCUGGUGGAGGCUGAAUUUCCGGAAGACAUCAUUGACGCCCGCAUUGAUCAUGCAGUGUCGAUCCUAGAGAACCUGUUAAAGCCUGUGGAUGAAUCUGUGGAUGUUUAUAAGAAGCAACAAUUAAGAGAAUUGGCCAUGCUAAAUGGCACACUAAGGGAAGAAAGCCCAAGCAUGAGUCCCCGAAUGAGCCCUAGCAUGUCUCCAUUUAGUAAUACAGGAAUGAAACGAGCAAAGACGGGAAGAUGACAACUAAUUACUGAAAUGCUGCUUGUCUAGUGAUCGACACAGAUGAUAGCUUGUCUGCCCGAUUAGGAAGACUUCCCAAGUUUGCUUCUGGCACAGAAUGCAGGAAUCCUUCAGACAGAUUCUUUAGAUAUAGGCGUAAUGUUUAUUAUUUCUUUUUCUGUAACCAUCUUUCCUAGAGGUAUUGACCUGUAGUCUUAAUCUAGGUUUAGUGGUCAAUGUGUUAAAUCAAUCAGAAUAAUCUGUUUCUUAUUCGAUACUUGUGAGAUUCAUGUAUUAUUUUAAUUAUUGCAGGUCAACUGCUUCAACUUCUGAAUAAAUAUAUUGAGAACAGAAGUUUGACAAGA